CAACAGCUCCCCCAUCUGGCGGGGCUCAAGGCCACAACAAGAGGACUCACUCACUACAGGAACGUGGCGUGGGACGGGCCUGCAUUUAUCUAAUAGAUCAAGUUUGGUUUCUGCUGAAAAUACAUUUCUCAUCAGUGCUAGCCGUUUGUGUGCUGUUGUUUUUGCGUCGGCAUGGCGGUGGUCAUCCGUUUACAGGGCCUUAGAAUCACAGCAGGUUCCGAGGACAUUCGCAAUUUCUUCACUGGCCUGAAAAUCCCUGAUGGUGGGGUGCAUAUUAUUGGUGGGGAGAAUGAAGAGGCUUUCAUCGUCUUUGCUUCUGAUGAAGAUGCAAGAAGAGCCAUGAUACGUUCAGGAGGCUGUAUCAAGGGGUCCCCUGUUAACUUGCUGCUGAGCAGUAAAUCGGAAAUGCAGAGCCUUCUGGAAGAAAGUACAAAAAACGCAGAGCUGGAUCAGAAGAGACCACUGAAGGAAGAUUCAAGACGACUCCAUGGUGAUGUUCCAGUGGGACCUAGAAGAACUAACCACCCAGAUGCAGGCAGGAGUUCGGGUGGCAGGGCAGGUCAUUCUGUGACCAGGUACCGGAGGACUGCAUCUCCCUCCAAUGAUGACUUGUACGUGUUUCUGAAGGGAAUGCCCUUCUCGGUGACUGAAUCUGAUGUGAGACAGUUUUUUGAUGGUUUGCUGGUUGAUGGCAUAAUCUUAAUGAAAAAUGGGCGUGGUCAAAAUAAUGGGCUAGGGCUUGUUAAAUUUGCAACAAGACAGGAUGCAAGAGAUGGCAUAAAGAGAGAUAGGGGAUACAUUGGUUCACGGUUUGUGGAAGUGUAUUUGGCAACUGAACAACAAUGGCAUGAGCUUGGUGGUGUUGGAGGUUACAACAAUAAUGGCAAGUUUGAAAAAGGAAAGUCACCACAGGAACUUGCAAGGCAUCCACGUCGCCUGAGAUCACGAUCCCCUUUUGCCAUCCUGCCCAACUCUGCUUGCACUGAAGAGUUUUGUGUUUUGCUGGAAAAUCUGUCUUAUUCAACUGUUAAAAGAAACAUUAAAGAACUUUUCCACCAUGCAAGGCUUCAGGAUGACCAGAUUCUGUACCUGCUAGACAGAGGGGGUAGGAGAACAAGAUCAGCAUUUGUGCUCUUUAAAAGCCUAAGCAACUACUGUGCUGCCUUGACUCGCCACAAAGAAGAAUUCCUCAACAGGAAUGUGUAUAUAUCUCCUAUAUCAAGAGAGAAGAUGCUCUCCAUUCUGGAGUCACGUAACCCCAAGGAUGGACCUUGUGAGGCGACGGAAAGAUUUGAAGGAAGCCCUCCAAGUCGGCAAGGAGAUCCAUACAACUCUGAGAAAGUGUGUCUCUAUGUUCAGAAUAUGCCCUUUGAUGUGCGAAAAGUCGAGAUCAUGGACUUCUUCUUCGGGUUGAAUAUAACUGAGGAUAGUGUUCUCUUGCUUCGUGACCACAAAGGUGCAGGUAUUGGAGAGGCUUUGGUUGUCUUUCAGUUUGAAGGAGAGGCUAUGAAUGCUCAAUCUCUAAAUGGGCAGAGGUUUCUUGGGUCACAAGUGGUGUUGAAAUGCAUUGCACGGUCUGAGAUGCGGGAGUUCGGUGUGGGGCCCCCAAUGCUUGAAGACCCAAUGGCAUGUGAAGAAAGGCAUUCUGCACGGAGCAGCAGCGAGGGACCCUAUCCUGGUGACAUGGACUACCCAAACAUGAGGGAACCAUCCCAUGCUGAUAUGCCGAUGGCUAACCUCCAGGUUCAAAUCCAUGGUGGCAGCAGUAGGGAUUCUCUUGUGCAUUAUCCUCAAGGGGGAGGAAAUGGAUCAUCGCACACAGACAUGGCUCCUCCUGCACAGAAUUUCGAUGGUCCCACAUGCCUAAAGCUUGUCAACUUGCCGUCUCAAAUCAAGAUGGAUGAGGUCUAUGACUUUUGCUAUGGAUAUCGUGUCAUCCCUGGAUCUGUCUCACUGCAGUACAAUAAAAAUGGCAUGCCAAAAGGCUCUGCAACAGUAGUGUUUGAAUCUCGUCAGGAAGCAUUAACGGCAGUUCGAGAACUCAGUGGAAGACCAAUUGGUAAUCGAAAAAUACAGCUUGUUUUUGUGUGAACAUGGGGUGUGGUUUGGGGUUAUGGUAUUUAAAACAAAUGGCAUAUCAUCUUUAAUUAUGUUUUCUUUUUUAUUAAGCCAUUGUUUGUUAAAUUGAUUCUUUAUUUUGAGAUGAUCUUUAACCUUAAGUCAAUGUAUCGUCACUUUAUUUUAUUUUGAAUACAGAUGUUAUUACCCAUAAUUGCUUCACCUAAUUGAACGUUUCACGUAAGCAUUAUUUUGUUUGACAUCUGUUGUGAAAAGAUCUGACACAUACAUUUGGAAAGGGAAUGAAUUUUUUUAACUAUUUUAGGAGGAAAACCUUAAUGCAAGAUUUACAUCUCAACAUUGACAUUGUAAACAAUUAAACUGCGGUCUUUGCAGACAGGCCAAAUAAAUGAAUUGGUUUUGACUCAUUUA